AUGGUACAAAAAGAAAUACAAUUAAUAACAUUACUAUGCUUCAUAUGGUAUCAUACAAUUCGAGCGCAACAAGUUAAUGUAACAAUAUUUACCGAAUCAAAAUGUAAAUAUUGUACAAGAUUAUUACGUGAAGAAAUUUGGCCAUUUCAUGUAGAACGACCUGGUAUAAUGAAUAUACAGAUAAUACCAUUUGGUAAAGGUUAUUGUGAUCAUUUUUCUAAUCAUACAUUUCAUUGCCACUGUCAACAUGAACAGGAUGAAUGUGAUUUGAAUAGAUUGCAAAAUUGUGCUAUCGCUAUCUUUCCUCGACGCUACUUAGGCCUAGUAACAUGUGUUCAAGGCUUGUCUAAUAUUUAUGAAGCAUUUUCGCGUUGUUUAACGGGCCUUACGGAAUAUACACGAUAUCGAUUAAUUGAAUGUGCUACAACGCAAAUUGGUGAAACGUUGAAUUAUUAUUCAAUGUUAAAUACUCAUCGAGCAGAGAUUAAAUUAUGGCCAGCAAUGUUUGUAAAUGGUGAAUAUUUCGAGCGCAAUUAUCCAUCCGAAAUUGAGAUUUGUAGGCAUACAGCAUGGUGCUAA